AUGGGAACUAAUAAUCUGAGGAGGCCAAAAACACGUCGCGGAAAACGAUUUCUAGAAAAUCGUCAACCAAAAGUUGUUGAGAAUGAUAAAACAGCUAUAAUCGUGAAAGGUGGUAAAACAAGCCAAACGGUUACUGAUGCAUUAGCUGAUCUUUAUGCUUUGAAAAAGCCAUUGGCUAUGCGGAUGAAAAGACAUAAUCCGAUCCAUCCAUUUGAAAAUGAUGUUGCAUUGGAGAGUUUUGCGAUGAAGUAUGACGCAUCGUUAUUUUUGUUUGGCUCAAAUUCUAAGAAACAUCGAAAUAGUUUGGUUAUGGGACGUAUGUAUGACUGUCAUGUGCUCGAUAUGGUCGAAUUACAAAUUGAGAAUUUUAUUAAAUCUGCAGAUUUUGAUUCAGCCAAAAUAUCUCUUGGUAGUAAACCUUGCAUAGUUCUGCAAGGAACCGAAUUUGAAAAGGAUGAAUCGAUGAAACGUAUUGGUAAUUUGAUGGUCGAUUGGUUUCGUGGUGCAGUAAUUGAGAAUGUACGUUUGCAGGGAUUAGAACUCGUUAUUUCAUUGACUGCUCUUGAGCAAAAAAUUUAUCUUCGAGUAUACAGGACUUGUUUGAAGAAGUCAACGGGUAUAUCGCCAAGAGUAGAACUCGUUGAAAUUGGACCAAGAAUUGAUUUUUCGGUGCACCGAAAUAAAUUUGCUAGUGAAAGUCUUUUCCGGGAAGCAAUGAAACAGCCGAAACAGAUCUUGGCUAAAAAACGAAAAAAUACGUCAACGGAUGUAUUUGGCACUGAACUUGGACGUAUUCAUGUCGGUAAACAGAACAUUGACAGCAUGCAGACAAAAAAAAUGAAAGCAUUAAGAGGAAAUAAGAAUAAAGAAGCUGCAACAAGCAGCUGA